AAAUCCUGAUAUUGCUUUGAACAAAGAAAAACGACUCUUUUGUAACGUGUAUUUCACAGUGGUGAUUAUCAUUUGUGAUUGAGGCUGCAGAAGUAAGAUUUAAAAAUAGAAACGCUGUGGCACUAUGAACGGGAAUGACACGUGUUCCGUGAAAGUUGCUGUGCCUGUACGGCCAUUAGUCCCGUUCGAGAUAUCCAGGGGGUGUAAAGAAGUCCUGGAAAUAGUUCCGGAAAAUGAACAAAUUUUAUUACGUCCAAUUCACAAGCCUUUUACGUUUAAUUAUGUCUUGGGCAUUAAUUCCACCCACAAGAGAUGCGUGGGUGGAAUUAAUUAAUUUUUAAUGUUGUUAAUGAAUAAAACAAACAAAAAAAUCAUCAAAAUCCAAACUGUUCUUGAGGACUUCCGACGAAAAUGCUUUAUUGACACUACUAGAACUGCCUAUCAAGAAAAGGAUCAUAUGGGGGUUAUACCUAGGACUGUGAUACAUAUAUUUGAUUAUAUCAAGGACAAUUUCUCCAUAGAUUUUACUGUUAGUAUGUCUUUUAUUGAGCUUUACAAAGAAGGAAUUUUCGAUCUCUUAUCUGAUAAGCCUCGAGACCAAUGUGUAGAAAUCAAAAUAAGAACGCAAAAUUACACCUAGUUGACCUAGCUGGAUCCGAGCGACCCAAGAAAACUGGAGCAGUUGGCACUACAUUUAAAGAGGGCGUAAAUAUAAACAAAGGACUUUUUGUGCUGGGAAAUGUUAUCAGCUGUUUAGGAAAUGAUAAAUCGCAACAAAGUUUUGUGCCAUACAGAGACAGUAAUUUAACACGGCUAUUGAAAGACUCCCUUGGGGAUAAUAGUAUGAUCCUGAUGAUAGCAUGUGUUAGCCCUGCUGACUAUAAUUUGGAAGAAACUCUUUCGACCUUGAGAUAUGCUGACAGAGCGCGAAAAAUUAAGAACAAAGUUCAAGGACAGUCUCGACUGAUUAAACUCAAAGAGAGAGAUGAACAGCGAAUAACACAGCUUCACCAAGAAAUCACGCAAAUGAAACAAGUCAAAGUAAAAUUGAUCAAAAAUAUGCGAGAGGAGUCCAACAAAUUUCAACAGUGGAAAUUGCAAAAGGAAAGAGAGUUAACACGUGUAAAGCAACAAGAUCAGAAAAAGCAAACUGAAAUAGUAAAAAUUAAGUUAAUGCAUGCUAAUCAGCAGAAUGUGUUGAAACGGAAGUUUGAAGAAGCGGCGGCAUUAAAUAAAAGACUUCAACAGACUCUGAUUUUGAGGAAACAAGUACAAGAUUCCAAAUUUAAUGGAAAACUCGAUAAAAUUGGUCCUUUGCUUAAACAAGAAUUAGAGUUAGAGUUAGAGACAACAUUAGGUGGAUUGCUAGAUGAUAGAGGAAUUUUACAACAGCAAUUAGAUGAACUGAUGAAGAAUCCGGAAACUGCGGAGUCGAACGAAACAAAAACGAUUAAAGAUGAUAUUGAAUUAAGAUCUGUGCAAAUUCAAGAUUUACAACUGAAACUCAAAAUCAACCUUUUUUGUAAACAUUAUGCAAAGUCGGCCAAUAAGGAGGGAACUGGGUUGCUCACUGAUUUUUCCUCUAUUUUUUAAGACAUAGAAAACAAGGAGUCUAAUGGAAUAACUUUUUAUGUACAUUUUAAAAUAUCAGGACAACAUAAACUGAACCUCUGAACUGAAGUAAACAUUUUAUCGAGUAAUAUAGCAAAUACAUGCAUCUUUAUUGCACAGAUUCUAUUUAUAUAAAUAAGGAUUUAUGUAACAGAAAAAAGUUGAGGCAUUUUAUGUGGUUCCUUUUUUUUUUGUUAAUUUUAAAUAGUUCUUAAAAUAUUUUUUUAACAGAUUUUGCCACCUUGUACUAGUUCCAUGGCUCCCGCCUGUUUGUUACCCAAGAUAUGGCCAACCCGGUAUGAAAAUAAAAAAUAUAUAGAAAUUUUUUUGUAAGGAUGUGUAACUGUGCGAUGAGAAUAACUUGGGUGAAUAUUAUGGAGCUGAGGACUCUAAAUCUGGCUCCACAUCAUAACUAUUAAUACCUAACAAUAUUAACAAUUAAUAACAUGAAUAUAAAUGAUAUUUUGAGUUUAAGGAAGCCUACAUUAUAGAUCCGACGUAACAAAACAUUAAAACGUUGGCACUGAGAUAAAUUGGUAUAAUCUUAACUACAUAUAAUUUUUUUUAGUUUUCAAAAUUCCUCCACAUUAAAAAAGUUUGUAAACUUCUAUAAACAUACCUCAUUUCGGUUUCAGUCUUAACUUGUUCUAACUGCAGAAGACUUAGUUUUUCUCGAAUCUCUCUCAAUUUGAGUACAUUUUCCUUGAUAUCAGCAUUACUCUCUAUGUUUGUACUUAAAUUCUCUAGUACCAAGUCAUAUUCUUCCCGAACUUGCUGGAUUUUUUCAGUGACAUCUUCAUUGGCUGUGGCAGAUAUGUUUUGUCCAUCACUAAUUCUGUCAAGUGGGAAUGUAGAUCUCCAAUUUUUAGUUUUAACGUAUUGUAUUCAUAGAGUUUAUUACUCUCAAUCUCUGUUACUACUGGGACACCUUGCCCUACAAUCUGCAACUGCAAAUGUUUGAUCUGCCGCUAUAAUUCAUUAAUUUCUGCAGAUUUGGGGUCUUGGUUUAUCACUGGUUUGUUCUUAAUUUUUCGCGCUCUGUCAGCAUAUCUCAAGGUCGAAAGAGUUUCUUCCAAAUUAUAGUCAGCGGGGCUAACACAUGCUAUCAUCAGGAUCAUACUAUUACCCUCAAGGGAGUCUAAAAUGGUCAGGUAAAUUUUGAUGCACAGAAUUCAUUCAAACCUACCUUUCAAUAGCCGUGUUAAAUUACUGUCUCUGUAUGGCACAAAACUUUGUUGAGAUUUAUCGUUUCCUAAACAGUUGAUAACAUUUCCCAGCACAAAAAGUCCUUUGUUUAUAUGUACGCCCUCUUUAAAUGUAGUGCCAACUGCUCCAGUUUUCUUGGGUCGCUCGGAUCCAGCCAGGUCAACUAGGUGUAAUUUUGCGUUCUUAUUUUGAUUUCUACACAUUGGUCUCGAGGCUUAUCAGAUAAGAGAUCGAAAAUUCGGAUUUUGAUGAUUGUUUUGUUUUUGUUUUAUUCUAUUAUAUUAUUCAAAAUCAGAAAUUAACGUUUCGCUUUUUUAUUAAUUUUAGUAUAAAACAAAGUUGUUAAAAUAAAGUGCAUUAUAAUAAUUCAGUAUUUACAUCUAAGAACUAUUUAAAAUUUACAAAAAUUGGCCGCGUGUGCCAACAAAUAUGUUGUAUAGCACAUAAACCUAUUCACUUCAUAUUUUAAAAUUUACUGACUUAUGCUAACACACAUACACACAAUAGAAAUGGGCCUUUUGUCAUUCAGGUUCACCCUAACACAGGUAAAAAAACUCAAGGCUCACCGCCAGGUGUUCGACUAGUUUUAUAUUUCUGCGGCUCACAUCUCUCAGUAUUCGUUUACUUUUUGGAGCAAGUAUAUGUUUUGUAAAGUUUUGUAUAUUUUUUAUAUAAAGUGUGUGCAUUAUUAUAAAUUAUUUAAUAACAACGUACGUUUUUGUCUAAUCAGUGUACACCAAUAUAAUGGAGAAGGUAUAUAUGCAUUACUUAUCAAUAAUAUAGUCGAAAAUAUAAUAAAAUAAUUUUUUAAUUUAAUACAUUUAUACAUUGCUAGCUAUUUUAUAUUUCUGUAAAAAUUAUUUUAAUAGUUAAUUCUGUAUUUUUUCUAUUUUAAUAUGUUAUAGAUGAAGAAAAAAGAAAUUGCUGUCGAUUGUACAGAAAAUGUAUGUUGUAUUUGUGAACAAGGUGAAAAUAAAGAUACUCCAGGUA